AUGAUUGAUUCGCAUUUUAAUGGCAUAAUUAUUCGAAGACGGAUGGGUGUAUUAAAUGGUAAGCAGAUGAAUAUUAAGCCAAUAGGUUUUGGCGAAGGAAAUUAUUUACGGAAAUUUUCCAUUGCCACAAGUUUACAUGGAGUAAUUUAUUUAGGGGAACCCAAGCGACCAUAUUUAGAAAGGAUAUUUUGGAUUUGUGUCAUAUCAUUGGUGUUCCUUAUGUGUGGAUAUCAAAUACAACAGUUGUAUAACAAUUGGAUGGAAGGUGAUAUUAUGACAAUAUUAAACGAAAGUAAUAGACAUUUUUCAGCAUUGAAUGAUGUACCAUUCCCCGGAAUCACAAUAUGUAGUGAUUUGCAAUUGCAGAACCUAGACAAUAAUUUAACGAGUUUAAAUCAAACGCUUGAUAGGUUAUCAAAUUUGAAUCAUACUAAAGCAGAAAUUAUAACAAAGGCAAACAAAACUGCAUGGGAUCCAGAAAUUGGAUUUAAUAAAAAUGCAGAGCCAUUUAAUUUACCAUGGAAAGUUACAGGUGAUACUGUCGAAGACUCUGUUAUAAUAAGAUUCAAUUUACAAAACGAAAAUACAAGAAAACACUGUCCUAAAACUGAUAAAGGAAUGACGUUAUUUUUACAUAGUCCGAUUGAUGUACCUGCUAAUAUCCAACCUACAGCGUAUAUUGCUGUCAACAAUAUAGCUUAUAUUACAACUACAUUUACUUGGGUAACAACAUCUGAAAGUAUUUUAAGUUGGAAACCCGAUAUUCGGCACUGUUAUUAUCAGCAUGAGAGGACUUUAAAGUUUUUCAGAAAAUAUACAGUUAAUAACUGUGAUAUUGAGUGUAGAGCCAAUAAUUCAUUGAAGAUGUGUGGUUGUGUGGCUUACUACCACCCAAGAGAUAUACAUACUCCAAUAUGUGGUUCUGAAAACUACAAAUGUAUGCGACAGUAUUCAAAUGAAGUUUAUUCAAUCUUUGACAAGAAUUUGUUAACUAUGAAUACUAUAAAUGAUUGUAAUUGUUUAGAUGUCUGUACAGGCAUCGGAUUCAAACAUAACGUUGUAUACACUCAUAGAAAUUUGACAAAGAAUGUUAAAAAUCCCCAAAAAAGAAAUCAAUACAGAUCGAUUAUAGUUAUGUAUUACAAGAGGAAUUUAUGGAGUGCACAAAGAACUGCCUUGAUACCAGUUAAUGAAUUAUUAGGUAAUAUUGGUGGAUCCCUAGGAUUAUUUCUUGGCGCAAGCAUAAUAAGUGUGUUUGAGCUUGUAUACUUUUUUGUGAUACGAUUAUACGUUGACCGAUGGAAUAAAAAAAAAGUUAAAAAAGUUGUUAAAAAGAACCGUAAACUGCCUCUA